AGGAGGAGGAGGAGGAAGAGGAAGAAAAACCACUGGCUGUGACAGUAACAGUUGCUUCUCUCCCCUGGCUCUUUCUCCCCGCUUCAUCAUCAUCAUCAUCACCACCACCAUCAUCAUCGUCACCCUCAGCAACAGCAGCUUCAGCUUCAUCAGCAGCAGAAGCAGAAGCAGAGGCAGAGGCAGCGUCCAUCGACAGAGUGGAAGAACAAAUAAGCAGCACGCAUCUUCAAGAGGCGCUCCACUCGAAAGGGGAGAGAUGGGGAAAUGGCAGUUGACCGACUGUAAGGAUCAAGAAAUCAAAAGAGAUCUUCAUUUAUGAUACAAACGCGGGUUUGUGCAUCAAUAGGAACUAUUCUAAGAACAAAAGAUUACCCCUUCUGACGUAUAAAGAAACAUGGAUGUAUCUUCAUCCUCACUGCAGUACGGAUCAAAAAAGCGGGUUAAGAUUCACCCAGACACGGUAACUGUGAAAUAUGCCACUCACUUCCCCCAGCCUGGGGAUGAAGGGUACGAUGACGCACCCUCUUUUGAGGACUUUGGCGCCUUCGCGGAGGCUAAUGUGGGAAAGAGACUGGUGUCAGACAGCAAAGGUGGCAGGACUUUCUUUGGAACCAUGGAGACCCAGCCUAAGCCGCCAAGUGUGCAAAAAGACAAGGGGGUCGGGGGCCAGCUGGCCAGCUUCGGCGAGGCGAAUGUGUUGGCCUCCAGGGUGACCUGGAUGGCCUUGUUUGGAGCAGCGGUGGCUCAUGGUUGUGUGGCACUGAUAACUCGUCUAGCAGCUGACCGCUCUAAAGUGCCCUCUCUCGAGCUGCUCUUCAUCCGCUCUGUGAUCCAAGUGCUCUCCAUCCUGGUGGUCUUCUACUACCACGAGGCCCCCUUUGGCCCUAAGGGCUACCGACUGCGUCUCUUCUUCUACGGCGUGUGCAACGUAAUCUCAAUCACCUGCGCCUACACCUCUUUUGCCAUAGUACCUCCCAGUAAUGGCACCAUAAUGUGGCGUGCCUCCACCACAGUUUUCAGUGCAGUACUGGCCUUCCUGUUGCUGGAUGAGAGGCUGGGAUACACAGACGUGGUCACAGUGGUGGGAAGCGUGUUCGGUCUGUGUCUGGUGAUGGUACCAAACGUAGCAGAUGAGGAGAAGUCCAGGCUGGGGUUUUGGAAGGAGGCCUUUGGCUACACAAUGACAGUGAUGGCCGGCUUGACUGCUGCCCUCUCCAUGAUCGUCUACAGAGCCAUUAAGGAGCGCGUCAGCAUGUGGACGGCACUCUUUACCUUCGGCUGGACGGGCACAGUGUGGGGUGCCUCCACCAUGUUUAUCAUGCAGGAGCCAAUCAUUCCUCUGGAUGGGGAGACCUGGGGCUAUUUAAUUGGGAUCUGUAUCUGCUCCACCGUGGCAUUCCUCGGAGUCUACUAUGCUCUAAACAAGUUUCAUCCAGCCUUAGUUAGCACCGUGCAGCACCUAGAGAUCGUGGUUGCAAUGUUCCUCCAACUCAUUGUUCUGAGGAUGAUCCCGUCUGUCUACGACGUCAUAGGAGGCCUGGUCAUCAUGAUCAGCGUGUUCACCCUGACAGGAGUCAAGCUGUACAGGGUGAGCAGGGCCAUUCGGCAGGAUUAUCAAGAGAUCCUAGACUCGCCCAUCAAAUGAGUUUUGAUAUGUCAGUCUAUUUGUUUACAAUGUUGCUUGGUUGUGCAAUUUAAAGAAUGUCUGGAUCUUCAUCUGAUGAUUUUGUAUUGUUGUGUUGUUGAAAGGGUGCCAGUUGUGUAAGUAAUGUCUUAAUAUUUGUGUGUGAAAUAAAAGACAAAUGUAAUAUGGUGACCAUUUCCCCCUGAUAGUACUGCUUUAAUGUCAAGUUGUGUCAAAGACAAAGAUGUCAGCAAAAAAAACAAAAAACAUGAAUCAGUUUAAUUUUUGUUAUUUACUUUGCUCAAACAUUUGAAACCAUAUUUAAUCUGGUCUUGUGAGUGGCAGUGUAAGAUGAACAUUUCAAUGAAUCAACAAGGUGUGGUGUAUCCCUCUGUUGUCACACUGCCACACUUGUCACACUGUGUAAAUGUCAGCCCAGAAAUCAUUCGUACUACAUACAAGGAAUGAAAGAAUAAAAAUAAAUACCACCCACAUUUCAUAAAAUAACUGGUAUUGCUUUUCUUAGCCUUAAUCGGUU